GACAGCUCUGCCUCUUGCCUUCCCAGUGUGCUCUCUGAUCUGCCUCCAGAACCACCGCCAUGUCCAGCCGCGGGGGGAAGAAGAAAUCCACCAAGACCUCACGGUCCGCCAAGGCGGGGGUCAUCUUCCCUGUGGGGCGCAUGCUCCGGUAUAUCAAGAAAGGCCACCCCAAGUACAGGAUCGGAGUGGGGGCGCCCGUGUACAUGGCUGCCGUCCUGGAGUACCUGACAGCCGAGAUCCUGGAGCUGGCUGGCAACGCGGCGAGGGACAACAAGAAGGGACGGGUCACGCCCCGGCACAUCCUGCUGGCCGUGGCCAAUGAUGAAGAGCUAAAUCAGCUGCUCAAAGGAGUCACCAUAGCCAGCGGGGGAGUGUUGCCGAACAUCCACCCCGAGCUGCUAGCGAAGAAGCGUGGGUCCAAAGGGAAGCUGGAAGCCAUCAUCACUCCACCCCCGGCCAAAAAGGCCAAGUCUCCAUCCCAGAAGAAGCCCGUGUCCAAGAAGGCGGGAGGCAAGAAAGGGGCCCGGAAAUCCAAGAAGAAGCAGGGAGAAGUCAGCAAGGCGGCCAGCGCAGACAGCACGACCGAGGGCACGCCCACCGAUGGCUUCACGGUUCUCUCUACCAAGAGUCUCUUCCUCGGCCAGAAGCUGAACCUUAUUCACAGUGAAAUCAGUAAUUUAGCCGGCUUUGAGGUGGAGGCCAUAAUCAAUCCUACCAAUGCUGACAUUGACCUUAAAGAUGACCUAGGGAACACGCUGGAGAAGAAGGGCGGCAAGGAGUUUGUGGAGGCUGUUCUGGAACUCCGGAAAAAGAACGGGCCCCUAGAAGUAGCUGGAGCUGCCAUGAGUGCCGGCCACGGCCUGCCCGCCAAGUUUGUGAUCCACUGCAACAGCCCGGUGUGGGGCGCAGACAAGUGCGAAGAACUCCUGGAGAAGACGGUGAAGAACUGCUUGGCCCUGGCCGACGACAAGAAGCUCAAGUCCAUCGCGUUUCCAUCCAUCGGCAGCGGCAGGAACGGAUUCCCGAAGCAGACGGCUGCCCAGCUCAUCCUGAAGGCCAUCUCCAGCUACUUCGUGGCCACCAUGUCCUCCUCCAUCAAAACGGUGUACUUCGUGCUCUUCGACAGCGAGAGCAUAGGCAUCUACGUGCAGGAGAUGGCCAAGCUGGAUGCCAACUAGCCAGAGCCGGGCUCCCCGAGCCCUGGCCAGAGGAGAAGAGCCGCCCCCCGUACCCCGCUUCGGUGGGGCCCAGGGGGUGGGGUCCCCUUCCCUUUUCAGUUUUGCUCAUCUAGGAAAAUUAAGGUUUUGGUUUCCAGUUUUACUUGUUUUCGCCCCUCUGAAAUGUUUUUACGUUAGCACUGAUAGUUGGCAUUGCUGUUGUGAGCACUGUGCGGACCGUGUCUGACUUUAGCGUAACCUAGGAGGUUCUUCUAGUUUGGUUUUAAUGAGCCCUGAUUGGCGCAGAGCAGCGCGGGGGGCGGGCCCCGGCAGUCCCCCGUGCCGAAGCCCUCCCCCUCGGCGACGUGUUGUGGUGCUUCCGCACACCCGUGGCGUUCUUUUUUUACCUAGGUUGUUGUUUUUCUUUUCCCUCCCCACCCCCCCCCAGAAACAAAAAUCAUGAAGUUUGCAACAGACCUGAUUUCCUGUUUACUUUUUUGUCUUAAUGAUUUGAAAAAAUGGGGAAAAAAAAGUUUUUAAAGGCACAACAAACACGUGUUGUCCUUCCUUAUAUUUGCAAUCUGGAAUUUGUGUGAACUGGUUUAGUAAAAUGUCAAAACUGUUGUUAACGAC